AUGUAAGGACAGAAUACCCGUUAGGAAACGGGUGUAACAAGAAGUCACUAAAAUUCUCCUCGGAAAAUGUAGCUGUUGUUUUUGGUCGUUCAGACGUCGUUGGGUAAAAAUUAUUUGGAGCACCAUAAAUGAUCCGGUUUAGUUCAGUGAAUACAACCAAACACUGUUUUUUUCGUCUCGUUUGAGGUAACAUGGCUCUCCAUAUAGACACAGACAACAACACUACUACCAUCCAAUCAAGUCGCACUCUGUCUCCGCCGCGGAAAUAAACCACCAAUCAGCUGUCUGUCUGGGUCUUCUGUGGAAACGAACAGCCAUUCAUUGCGCUGUCUGGACUUCACGGAGAGAGCGUCUGACCAAUUAGCUGGCUGUCUGGAUGCACCGAAAGGGUGAGUGUCUAUCGAGGCCCAAUCAGCUUCUCAGUGCUGCCUGCCGGUGCCGGGGACUGGUGGUGAGGGGCUGCUGCAACGCGUCAGGACCGGACCGUGAACCCGGAGACGCUACACACUGAGGCGAAAGGAGAUACAGGAUGGAGCAGAUGUCUGAGGAGGCACUGAGGCUGAACCUACUUAAGCGAGGCCUUGAGUCAACCAGUGAGCGAGAAGAGGCGUUGGCCAAACGCCUCAAAAUGGAAGGUCACGAGGCCAUGGAGCGCCUGAAGAUGCUGGCACUUCUUAAACGCAAGGACUUAGCUGACCUAGCAGCCCUAGAUGUUGCAGGGAGCUUGGGAGAUGGAAAAGGCCCUGGAGCCAGCAGCCUCCAUCAUCAGAGCCUAAUGGGUGCUGCUUAUGAGGAGAAGUUAAAUGGGAGUCUGAGGCUGGGAAGCCACAGUAGCCCCGUUGGACCAAGUAAGAAUGGAAAGGAGAACAUCCUGGAUGAGCCAGUCGACAUGAGCGCUGGGAGGAGUGAUGCUGAUCAUGACAGACGAACUCCGUCACCGGAUGUCAUCAUCCUGUCAGACAACGAGGCUUCCAGUCCCAGAACGACACCUCGGCCCGAGGAGCGUGUGCACAAGGCUAACCUGGACAUGUUCAAGGGGAAAACAGGAGAGGAGAGGCAGCAGAUGAUCAAAGCUCUAAGAGAAGAGCUUCGUCUGGAGGAGGCUCGUCUCGUGCUGCUGAAGAAGCUCAGGCAGAGUCAAAUGCAGAAGGAGAAUGUGGUCCAGAAGGUCCCAGUGGUCCAGAAUGCUGCGUCAUCUGUGCAGCCUCCUCCCAUCCACAGCUCUCCUGUCCUGGGGAAGCUACCUGUGAGGCCAGGUCUACACAACCCUGAGCCCCAGAACCUCCGCACUGCACAGGGUCACACAGUCAUCCGGUCAGCAGCUAAUGCAAACUUGCCCCCCAUAUUGAUGUCUCAGCGAGUGAUAGCACCCAACCCUGCCCAGCUGCAGGGCCAGAGGGUCACGUCCAAACCUGGGAUGUCUCGUUCCAGUUCCAACAGCAUGGCUAAUGCUGUCAGCUACCAGCAGAGGGUGUAUAUCUCUCUGCAGGCCAGUCAGGUGGCAGCUUCCCAGCGCUCAGGCUCCAGUGCCAUGUACAUGAACCUGGCCCACAUGCAAGCAGCAGCAGCUGGGGCCGGCGGUCUGGGCGGAGCUUCGGCCGUCAGCCCGUCCACCAUGUCUGGUUCAGCCAGCGGAGCGGUGAGCUCCAUGGCAGACCAGGCGAGCAGUCAGGCAGCAGCCAAGCUGGCCCUAAGGAAGCAGCUGGAGAAAACCUUAUUGGAGAUCCCUCCACCCAAACCCCCAGCCCCUCUCCUGCACUUCCUGCCCUCUGCUGCCAACAGUGAGUUCAUCUACAUGGUGGGCCUCGAGGAGGUGGUGCAGAGUGUGCUCGACAGUCAGGGUAAACUCAGAGGGACGCUGGCCCGUCUGGAGCCUUUCUUCUGCGCCCAGUGCAGAACUGACUUCACCCCCCACUGGAAGCAGGAGAAGAGUGGGAGAAUCCUCUGCGAGCAGUGCAUGACAUCCAAUCAGAAAAAGGCUUUGAAGGCAGAGCAUACCAACAGGCUGAAGAAUGCCUUUGUGAAGGCCUUACAACAGGAGCAGGAGAUUGAACAGAGGCUGCAGCAGCAGGCUGCUCUCUCUCCCAGCUCAGUCCCUACCAACGCCUCCAAGUCUGACACCAUGAUCCGACAUCAUGCCCUCCGCCAGGCUCCCCAGCCUCAGGCCUCCCUGCAGCAAGGGCUGUCGAACUCGGCACGAGGGGUCCUGUCCAACUUUGCCCAGGCCUCACAGCUGUCUGUGGCCAGCAGCCUCAUGGGCAUGACCAGUGCCAAGCAUUGUGGUGGCAGCGGAGGCGGCAGCAACAGCAGCAGUAACAGACUGCAGCAUGACAACCGUCGGCAGAUCUACAACAUCCCAGGGUUAAACAUUGCCUAUCUGAACCCAGCGGCUGUCGGAGCCCAUAAGAGCUCCAGCUUAGCAGACCGGCAGAGAGAGUACCUGUUGGACAUGAUCCCGCCUCGAUCCAUAUCGCAGUCGAUCACUGGACAGAAAUGAGCCCUGUCCAGCUCUUGCCCCUUGAAGCCACCUUCAUCUUCAUACCUAAACCAUACCGAAGCACUCCUAAAUCAGUCGAUACCCUCUCCUCUUCACCUCUCAUCGCAUGCAGUGCCUGUCCAUGUGCCUACCUUAAACUGACCCAUAAAAACCCCACCAAGUUGGACAAGGACUCUAAACUACCAGUGCAUUUGACAUGCUCUUAAUAUAGUAAAAUCCUUCUUCUUCAGUCUAUUUAAGAAUUAUAAUUCCCCUUAUUAUAACUGGUGGUAGCAUUAUUAUUCCCACAACUACCAUAUUUGCUUCUGUUACUAUUACUCAUUAUGCUUUUUCCUUUUGAUGGUUUGUUUUUCUGCUGUUUAUCUUUGACUCUGGGUAGUGACGGCCUGUCGUUGUCGGUUUCUUUAGGCCAAGGUCAUAUAGGAUUUUUUUUUCUUUAUAAUUUGUCCUAAAGCUUAGCUGCGAUUGUUGCUAGUAACAGAAGAUCAAGAUGAUGCGUUCUGGUUGCUAUGCAACUUACAAGCUUUGUAAAAUAGUCUCGACUUGGAUGAAACAGUGGAAAAUCCCGAUGGGUACAAAAACAGACAGUUUGAGGCUCUGCAUGCUCUUGAAAAGAGGAUGAAGAACCCAUUUUAAAAAUGGAAAAGCUGGAGGGAGAGAAGGAGGGAGCAGCAGAGCACCCACACCUGUACAAUCUCCCUAAAAGGGCCUGCUUCACAGUGACACACAGCCAAAAUUCUGAUAUGCUAAAGUUAAGUUUCAGGACAGCGCCGGAGAUUCUGCCACCAACAGAGUUAAUGAACUGGAAGCGAGCGACAGACGAAAGCAAAAGAAAAUCCUAUGUGAUCGUGUUCGGAUAAUCUUUCCUUUGCUUCCACCGUCGUUCACGAAAAGCUUCUUAUCAGGUUCUUCAUUUCAGAUUGAAACAGUAACACACUUUUUUAUGCUGGAUGAUACUUAAGUUGUACUAAUCACGAUGGACAGUCACAGCAGUUUACCAUCUGCCUCUUCAGGAGACCAGCAGUCAGUCGAAGCUCCAGCGAGACGGAAGCUGACAGGCCGAGUGUGUCGUCUGUGUACCUGCCAAGUAUUGGGGCUGCUGAUGCUCUUCAUUCAGACAGAAACCUGUUGGUCCCAUCCCAUUUCACUAUUUGCCAGUGACCUACUAAACCACCUCACCCAUACUCCCCACCCCAAACCUUCGGCUGUUCAGUAUGCACAGACUGAACCCUUUCACCCCGCUGUUCCUCGUGGCAUCGCGUGUUCUUUGAGAGAGCGAAAAGACCUCAAAGCUAAAGGUGGAAGCAUAUUUUGUGCGUCCAAACCACAGACUCUGUAACUACAAAUCUGGGUUCUUCUUCUUUUUAUAUUUUGGUUUUUAGAUUAUUUUCUAAAUGUUGUGCAACACCCAUUCCCAAAUCCUAACUACUAUUCCCAUCCCUACCUCAUCCCUUUUUGUUUGUUUGUUUAAACUUUAUGCGGCGUCUCCUAAUAAAAUGGCUGCGUACCUGAGAGGUACAGCUGCCGGAGACGAUAAUAAUCAACAUAAAACAGAAACUAUUAAAAUGUCUGUAUGGAUUAUGUAUAGAUACCUAGCUUCAGAGAAAAAGGACGUGGAUUUUAUCUUUUAAGGAGAGGCAUGGCUCAAUCAUCGUGUGUCUGCUCUGCACACACGUUUCCUCUCCAGAGGAGCACUGUGCAUAUUUCAAAUUAGAUGUUUUUGUAUGGAGAAGAGUUAAGAGUGGCUGCGGUCUGGAUGCUGGCUGACGGCUAACCAGAGUCCGGUGAGAUGCUCCGAUUUCGCCGAGGUGUGUUUUGUGUUUCUCGUUUUGCUUUAUUUACAGGCUCAUGUUCAUAAUCCCCAAAAGAUGUUUACAUGCUUUUAAUGUUCAAAAACACUUUAUGAUCCUGCACUUCUACAAAUGCUCCGUUUGAGUUUCUGUCGCUUUAAAGCCCUCCUUCCAAAAUUCCAACUCCACUCUUAUUGGUCAGCUGUGAUGACAAAAGCAAGGCAAAGUUGGUGACAUAGCUGAACACUUUGUGGGCUUCUUAACAAAGGCCUUACCUGAAGCCACCACAGGAUGACUACAUGUUGCUUCUAUCCCUGAGGGCGCUCACUGAAGUCACAGCAGAGCUGACGUUGGUCUUGAUGGCGUUAUUUGUCACUACUUGUUCUGUUGUUGACAACAUGAACAGGAGGAAGUCGAUGAAAACAGGUUUGUGUGGAACGUCUCUUUGUUGAAGCAGCUCAGUUAGCAUGUUAGCAUGACCAGUGCUAAAUGGACUGGUAGCGCUUUUCUGCUCUGAGCGCUCAAAGCGCUUUACACAACUCGGUGAUUCACCCAAUCACACAAGCGCUGUCUGACUAACAUUCACACACGUUCACACUCCGAUGGACGCAUCGGAGAGCAACCUGGGGUUAGCAUCUUGCCCAAGGAUAUUUGGCGUGCAGACUGGAGCAGACGGGGAUCGAACCACCAACCUUCCGAUCAGUAGGCGACCCGCUCUGCCACCUGAGCUACAGCCAGGUGCUGCCACCUGCUCUGCUGCUGGUGUGUCACCUCCAGUCAUGCUCCAGUUGUUACUCCUUUGAAACAUGCACAAAGAAGUUAUCGAACACACUGAAUAAAGUUUGGAGAAAAGCUGAAAGAGACACUCAACUUGUUGAUAAAUGACUAAAUCCUAAUUUACUCUCUGCACAUGUUGGACCUCAGUCCCAGCUUUCAUUUCACUGGUGCCCAGUUUGUACAUGUAUCUGGAAGAUGGAGUUACUCCACUCAUAUUCUGACACAUAACCCUUACAGAGCCCAGUGUCAGGCCUGCACCCCGCUCUCACUCAUGUGACAGAUCACUGCAGCAAGUGUGCCGUUGGUAAUGGACCGGUUCUUACGCAGCCCUUUGCUACUGUACCUGAGCACUCUGUGCGCUUUAUACAACGUAACCUCAUCCACCCAAACACUUUUUCUUUUUGCUCAAGUGUUUUCUCUCUAACAUUCGUACUGUGAUGGAUGCAUCGGGCACAACUCGGGCUCAGUAUCCUGCCCCAGGAUGUUUGACCUGAGCAGCCAGGGAUUGAACCACCGACUCUCUGGUUAGUAGUUGACCUCCUGCUCGACCUCCCGAGCUACAGCUGCCCGUUUGUGUAAAAUGAUCUAUUGUUGUUGUUCUUUGGUCGCACAUCAGUUACAGAGUUCUUAUUGCAAACUAAAUUCCAUCUCAGUCCCAGGAUCGGUAAUGUUUACCAUUGGUUAAAGUGACAGCACUCGUCGUUCAGAUGGAGAACUUUUGGCAUGUUACACACACGAGAGUGAAACUAGUGAGAAGAACCAAUCGUUCAAUGUUAUUACGAACAGACUCUUCGCCUGUUCCAGGCGUCACCUCAAACGCUACAGCCCAUCUUCGCUGUGCUCUGGAUAAGAAACGGUGAAAGUUGGUGACAUAACUGUCACUGGGCUUUUACAUGAGCAGCUCUCAACGCUGCAGCAGAGUGAUGUGCAGUUUCCAAAGUGUCAGGAAAUGUUAUUCUUCCAACAUAGUUGUGGAGUUGAGACGGGUUGAAAACUGCGGUGCUGUCAAAUGAACAGAACUAAGCAUCUGAUGGUGUUAAUCCACUUUUAUCUAUUUAUCAUGCAAGUGUGUGUUUUCACAAACCAUUUGAAGUAUUUUCAUGACGACGUCGAUGGUUUUGCUCCGGACAAAACCUCUAAACCUGCCCAAACCCAAUCUGUCUUACACAGGUUGGACAGUUGCUUCAUCACAGUUAGUUUGAGACCUAACAACAGCUGUCACAACCAGCAGUGUUAGAUUGUGGUUGGCUGCCUACAGACAGCAGGCAGAAAGCUCGUUUUCCCAUAAACGUAACUUUUUCUUCUUCUUUCUUUUUUGCUUAUCUUGCCUUAGUGGACCAUCACAGUGGAUUUGAAAUCAAGGUGUUAUUGAAAUGCAGACUUUGUUUUAAUUCAAAGGGUUUAAACAAAAAUAUUGCAUCACCUGUGGAAUCUUUUUUACAUCUUUCAGAGGCUCAAAAGUAUUUGGACAGACUGCUGUAAUUUUAAAUGUGCGGAUUAUUUUUAAUACUUCACUGAAAUCCUGUGCUGUCAAAGACUGCCUGAAGUCUCGAACCCACGGACAUCACCAGCGGUUUCCUCCAUCGUGAUACUCUGCCAGGCCGUUAUUCCAUUUACUCCAGCUGCCUUCAGCUGCUUUUUGUGUGUGUUUGCCUUCAGAUUUGCCUCAAUACUCAAUCAAUGUCCCAUUUCUUUGUCUCAGAAAAGCUCUAGGGUUGCUCAUGCAGUAUGUUUGGGACAUUGUCCAUGUGCACUGAGGUGUCAUCCAGUCAGUUUUGGAGCAUUUGGCUAAAUCUGAGCAGAGAGAUCCUGUACACUGCAGAAUUCAUCCUGAUGCUUCUGUCACGUCACCAAUAAGUAGUUUUCAGGCAUACAUACGUAUGCCACAACACUGCCUCCACCUGCUCUUUUAGAUAUUCUUUGUAAAUGUCUCAUCUGUCCUGGUUGAUGGAGCGUAACCACCUUCAUGCUGAGAGUUCCCAUGAUCAGCUAAGUACAAGUUCAACAUUCACCAUUAAUUCCACAUCUGUUUUCUCCUUUGUCAGGGAACAAUGAGGGAGUCUGACCACGAAUCUGCUUGUCUGUCAGUUGUCCAGUUACUUUUGACCCUUGAAGAAUCAGUCAGUCAACAGUCAAUGCAACACUUCUGUCAAUUAAAUCAGAAAGUCUGGUUUUGUCACAUGUUGAUUUGGUUUAAAGUCCACUGUCGUUGUGUGAAAGGCAAAAUUUAAUGGUCCAAAAACCUCUGGAAAUAACUGUAUGAUGGUGGUGUUGAAGGUUUGGGAGGGAACAUGAGCAAUCUUCAUAACUGUAAUGAGGCUGUGCAGACAGCAGGUUAUAUGACCAACACAUCAUUCAGACUGCAGUCGAACCCUCUCAUAAUCUACGCAAGCAGAACGUGUUCAGGUCAAGUCUUUGGUGUUGUUGGUGACAACACUCGGCUAUUUCGAGCAGUGUUCAGUUAACGUGCAGUAUUAUUCACAGCACACUGGCCCUCCAGGAGUCUGACGCAUGCAGAUUACUGAUGAUGAUCUGCGACAGCAUCCCGGCAGAUUCAGAUUAUUGAUAGAGACCUUGGACUAACGUGUAGUGAAACAUGGCUGACCUGUUGCAAAGGACUCCGCAUGACCUGACACGACCUCUGGCCGCCAUGUUGGAUUUCUUCAGCUCUCGGGUACCGGCUGAUGUUUCUCACAGAAACGUUUACCUCGGUUUGUGUACGGUGUUUGAAUGUCACAGAUUACAGUUGUUUCUCUGAUCCUUUGGUUUAUGACUGAGCAGCUGCACAACUACACUCAGUUCAUUGAAAAGUGUUUGCUAAUGCACAUGAACUGCUCCUUUUUUAAAAUGAUUCACAUAUUGCAACUUGACAUUGGCAUUUAGCUUAAAGCACUGCUGUGUUCAAGUAAAAGGCACAUGUGAAUGUACGAGCCAGAGAAGUGAUGUUAAGACCAAAAAUACAGUUUUAAGAAAAUGGAUAAAAGAGCUUCUCUCUAAAGUACGUCAGCACUUCAUCAGCUAAUCUGUGCAGGUCGGUCGCAGUAGUCUUCUCCUGUUUAAUGAGCCCACCAGCCAAGAAAAUCUCCUGUAAGCUGCACGCGGGACGAUUUUUGGUCCAUAAAGAGAGCAGCACCAAAUCAUGACAGAGGAGUGUUCAAACCAUGUCAUGUAUGUUGAACACAAUGGGAAGCAAAACUAUCCAAAAACAUGAGUUUUGCAUCUGAAAGCACUUUGAAUGGUCAGACGACAGUAGAGAAGGCAACACUGUCCUGAGCUUCUUCACAGCUCAGGACAGUGUUGGAGUUCCCAUGAUGACCCAUGGAAAGGUCAGUGUUUCCUCUUAUGCCCAGUUUGAGAGCUGUUAGUUUUCCCCUCUCCCUAAUUCAGCUGUUUGCUCACAUGUGCAUCUUAUAGCCUGCUAACAAUCAAAGUGUGUUAUAUUGUUAUUGACACGGGGAUAGAAGUUUCAGUGUUCAAAUCCACAGAUUGUGGCUGAUACUCUCGUAAGUUUCUCAAAUUUGCUUAAAUAUGAAGGUGGGUGCUGUAACAGUCUAAGGCCUGUCGCCCUGCAGUGAACCCGCUGCCUCAUAAAGGCUGUACGAUACAGUACUGUCAGCUUUUAUUACAGUGUUACUGAACGAAUCCUAAGCAAGUAUCGGUACUGAGUCGACUCUGAUGAAGCUCCGUGUGAAUCCAUCUGUGGUUCAAAGCUCAGCUCCAAUAAGCCCUGCAUCGUCUACACGCGUAUAGUGUUUGUGCGUUUUUUUUUGUUUGUUUGUUUGUUUUGUUGUGCGUUCUGGUUGUGUCCAAGUAAUCCAGACCUGCCUGUCACUACUACAGAAUGAUCCAGUGACAAACAGUCCACAGAGAGCGAUCCAAGAUCCCUGCUGUGAGCUGGCACUAUGUGUAUAAAGACUGAGCUGAAUGGGAGACAACGUUUGAAAUUGGAUGUAGCGAAACGAUACCUGAAAUCUAUUUUUGCUCCAACUCCUGGUCCGAUCUGCUUUAGCUGCAAAGCUAAAGUUUAAAUGACAAAAUAAGCUCCCGUCUCUCUUUUUGCAGAUGCAUUUAUACAUCUUUGUAUUUGAACUUUGUUCUUUUCAACAUCACUUUUUAGAUUUUCAAGUCAUUCUUUAUUCUAAGGAUUUGUUUGUUUUCUUUCUGUCGCAGUUAAAAAAAAUAUUGACUAUGAAAUAAAUGACACAAUAUUUGCUAGGUUUUAAGUAAUAAUGACUUAUUGUACAUAUGCAUUUUUUCCUCCGUUACUGAAAAAAGAAAUUAAAUGGUUGUACAUUGUGUAGAAAAGCAAACAAAAAGCCAUGAAUAUUGUGAAGCUUGUCAUUUCGUUUUGUGAUCACUGUGUAUUAUUGUGUAACAAAUGUGCAAAAUGUUUGGGAUUCCUUUUCUUUCGCCCGUUCUGCUUCUUGAAGCAGCCUUGCUGGUUGCAUUUGCUGUUAUUUUGAACUAGUUAGCGUUUGCAGGAAAGUGCUCACUGGUUCAGAUCAGAAUGGUCCGAAACUCCCGUCUGAAUACUUCGACGCAUUAAACUUUAGAUACCUUCAAAUUACUUGUUGAUGGAAACACUCUGAUUGGUCGGACUCGGUGGGCCUAGCCCUCACUGUCAGAACGCCGUCACGUUGGCGAAACCACCUCUCGUAAUUACGUUUCUGUGUUUUGAUGGAAACGAUUACUGCUCCCCGCAGACAGCGGAUCGACACGAACCACUAAGACGCAGAUUCUUACAACUGUUGAAACUUUUUGUUUGUUUAGCUUUUUCGUAAAGAAGCGCUCGCCCUGAAUCAGUGACCACUUUUUCUGCCGACACCAGCAUACAACACGUAUGAUACUGUACUGUUUGGCUUUAUCUUCUAUUAAUUGUUGUUGCUAAUGCAGGGAAUGAUUUAACUGCAAAAUCAUUGUUUCUUUUUGCAUAGUGUUGACAAUUUUAAAUAUCUGGGAAGUAGGAACGAAUGAUAAAACGGACCAGAGACUAAUCAGACUAAUUUUUGUUUUACUUGCAUCAAUCCUGACCUUUUGCACAUACUUGAUAUUUAACGGUCUUCAAAAAAAACGUCAAGAAAAUAAUGCUGUUUGAAUACUGCCAGUUGAUUGACAAUUAUGCAUUGAUUGAAAAAAAAUAAGCUAAUUUUGGAGGAAAUAACUUUGUAAUAUUUAUCUCUUGCAAGCUAUGUUUAAUAAAGGUUGAAACAAUUUGCUUCAAA